AUGGCAAACUCUUCAGACGAAGAAGCUGAUUCACGCACAGCCCUGGUUGGCGCGCCGCGCACUCGAUCGAAUCCGCGUUCCACCUCGCGCUCCGCAUCGCACGACAGCGCCCGCCCAGCCAAACGACAACGCCGCAGCAGAAAUAAGAAGGACUCAGAUCUAGCUGAUUUUGUUCCAAAAGGUGUUGCAUUCAGUGCAACCUCCUUACCAGUGGAUGAUCCAGACAGCACAUCUAGCUCUGGUUCUAGUUCCUCAAGUGAAGAUUCCGACUCCGAGGCGGACCCAACCACCGCCGCAAACCCACACGCCGGCAACACCGCGCCUGCAAUCAGCUGGAACCAGGGUCGGAAGGCUGCAGUGCGCACAUCGCUUGGAAAACGAUCGGCGCCAACAGACGACAAGCCUACUCAAUUUGAAGCGGUGAAUGACAAAUAUUGGCGCAGUCGCAGUGCAUCUGUCUCGGCCAAUGAUGAAGACAAGCGCACAACAAACGACCAAUCUCAAAAUGACGAUGAGCUGGAAGAUGGAGAGAUUGACUCCAAGAGUGACACGGAUGAUUCGGAUUCUCUUGGUUCUGAAGCCGAUGACUCUAUCCUACUGAACAUAGGGGAUAAGAUGGCCAAUGACUAUGACCCUGCCACCCUGGCCCAUGAGCAUGGUUCCAACUCAAAUCUGAAAGGCGCAUCUGCACAAACCGGACCUGGAUCGAAAGAGGAAGCAUUCCGGCUUUUCUCACUCAAGUAUCCAAACGCGCCUAUUGCGUUAGUGGACCUAAGUCAGACAGACCUCGAGAUCAUUGCGAAGUACGUCUAUUUCGAUCGCAACAUCCAUGAUCUAGAUCUCAAACUUCCUAUCUCUUGCAUCGAAUGUCAAUGCGAGGGCCAUAUGGCCGAUGUCUGCCCAGCAAAAGAGUGUGAACACUGUGGUGCAUGGAAUCUGCAUCAAAGCAGCAUUUGUCCCGACUGGCGACGAUGCCAGAGAUGCCGCGAACGUGGCCACGACGAGCCGCAAUGCAGUUCAAAGCUACGCGGUUUCGCAUACGAAGUGCCUUGUGAUUACUGUGGCAACGAGCACUUGGAAGCCGAGUGUGAUUCUCUAUGGAAGUUCCCAAUCAGGGAUCUUCACUCCAACCAAGUGACAGUGUCAAUCUGCUGUGCAAAUUGCUGCAGUGCCAAGCAUCUUAUGGGAGACUGCCCAGCUACUACCAUGUACACAGAAACCUUGAAGUCAUCGUCAUUUACCCUGAAGGGCAUCGAUCCCGACAUGAUCACGAACCUCAAUACUGUCGUCCCGCCCCGAGAGAGCCGCCCACCUAGUCGAACUUCAGCCCGCGGAAGAAAGAGGGGGUGGUCUCCACCUCCAUCCCCAGAAGAAGAUGACAUAAUGUCCCGUGUAUCCCGAGGCCGAGGCCGCCCCAUCCCUGCGCCGCGUGGAAAUACUCGUGGCAGUAUUAAGUUCGCAAACGGAGUUGGAGGAAAACGUGGUGCAACCGUGCGCGCUCCCCGAACCCGCCCCUCCCACGAGGUCCUCCUCCUUCAAGAGGCGGUGGCCGAGGCGGUGGACCACAACGAGGAGGAGGAUUCUCACGUGGACCCCGUGGAGGCGGCAGAGGCCGCGGGUGGUGAGAAGGGGGAUGAGAAGUGA